UAAAUCUCUCUCUCAAUACCUUUCAUUCAUUGUUCGAAGAAGCGAUUCUCAAAUCUAAUAUCAUGAUUUGAUUUUCGGUUCGCAUGAUAUAAUCAUGCUCGUUAUCCAUCUCUCAAUGUUUUAAUUUUAUUUUCCAAUCAUUGAUCCAUCAGUUAUCGUUAGGGUUUUUUCUACACGAUUUUUUUUUAUUUGUGAUUGGGACUACGUGUAGUUCGGUUAUUGUUUCGUCAACCAUGCAACGCAUUUAUGAUUUCUUAUUGUUUGUUGAAUGGGUGAUGUUGAGUGACGUGUGAUGUGGUUAACUGUCUUCAUUACACAAUUUGUUGAUUCAAUUAAAAGAAUUCGAGUCUAUUACAUGAAAUCUGGUUGUUUCAGUUUACAGUUUCGAUUAGGCGUAAAAUUCUAAUGGACAGUGUUUGAAUCUGUGAUUUUGUUUACCAAUUCGAGUGUAUUAAUUGAUGUUGUGCGUUUGGUUUAAAUCGUUAUUUCUGUCCCUGUGGUAUAUGUGCUUUUAUCUGUGCAUUUAGACUGUGUUAGUUUCUGAUUCUUAAUUGAGACAAGAUACGAUCAAAUUUUAUACUCUCAGCAUUCUGUUUCAUAUCUGAUUUUCAUUUUUAUUCGUAUUUUUGGUGAUAUUGCAACCUUCAACAGGAAGAUAGAUAGAAUGGGAAUAUACCUAAGCACGCCUAAAACUGACAAGCUUUCUCAGGAUGGUGAGAAUGAUAACCUGAAAUAUGGGGUGUCAUCCAUGCAGGGUUGGCGUACAUCAAUGGAAGAUGCUCAUGCUGCUUAUCUUGAUUUGGACUGUUCAACAUCUUUCUUUGGUGUUUAUGAUGGCCAUGGAGGUCAGUCUGUCUCUAAGUUCUGUGCAAAGUAUCUUCACCAACAACUGAUGAAACAUGAAGCUUAUUCUAGUGGUGAUAUUGGAACUGCUGCCCAAAAAGCUUUCCUCAGAAUGGAUGAGAUGAUGUGUGGGCAACGUGGCUGGAGAGAGUUAUCUGUUUUGGGAGACAAAAAAGAUCAAUUAAGCGGGAGGAUGGAAGGGUUAAUUUGUUCACCUAAAAGUGGUGAAGCAAAAAGUCAACAUGAUGAUUGGCCUGUUGAGGAGGGGCCACACUCUAACUAUGAAGGGCCACAAUGUGGUAGCACUGCUUGUGUGGCAAUCAUCCGUAACAACCAACUUGUUGUAGCUAAUUCUGGUGAUUCUCGUUGUGUGAUAUCUCGUAAGGGUCAGGCAUAUAAUUUGUCAAAAGACCAUAAGCCUGAUCUUGAUGCUGAAAAAGAAAGGAUAUCAAAAGCUGGUGGUUUUAUUCAUUGUGGUCGAGUUAAUGGGACUCUAAACUUAACUAGGGCUAUUGGGGACAUGGAACUGAAGAAGGAUAAAUCACUGCCUGCUGAAAAACAAAUUCUUACUGCUAAUCCUGAUAUAAACAUAGUUGAGCUUUGUGAGGAUGAUGAUUUUCUUGUUAUUGCUUGUGAUGGAAUAUGGGAUUGCAUGUCAAGCCAACAACUAGUGGAUUUUGUACGCGAGCAAAUAAAAUCUGAAAGUAAGCUAUCGGUGGUGUGUGAGAAGGUAUUCGACAGGUGUCUGGCACCUACCUCUGGUGGUGAAGGAUGUGACAACAUGACAAUGGUUUUGGUGCAGUUUAAAACUUGCCCAAAGCCCGGCCCGGGUCCAUCUACUUCUCAACAGACGUCCCCUGAUCAAGACUCUGUCUCAUCUGACUGCAAAGACAAACCUGGUUCAAACUAGCGGUAAUACUUUUUUUUUUUUUUAAUUCAUCACAACCGUUUCAUAGAAAUACAUAAUAUUCUUUUAUAUCCAUAGGAAACAUCGCUCUAUUCAUGUACAAAUUGUUUUCUUCUUAUUGAAUUGGCCCAUGGUAUUUGAGACACCA